ACCGGUGCACGCGCCGUUUUCAACGCUCGAGAGAAAAUCUAAGUUUGCUUGCCCGGCGUUAGCUUAAUGGAACUGAGUAGUUAGCUUGAGGGCUAGCAAGGUAGGUAGUGAUAGCAUCUCAGCUGCUGCAUCUCCUUUUUUUACUGUGGACGUUUGAUUGUCGGCAAAAUUUCACUUGCCAUUGGUCGACCUGCGCUGUACAACACAUUUACAAUAAGUUACUAACAGCAGUUUUAUCGGGUUCAGUAGCUACCUGACACUGGUUUAGCUGGCGGUGUCUUAUUUAAUGUUAGCUCGCACAUUCGAGCGAAGAUUCCAGGUCGAGCCAGGGAAGGUUUUCACUGCUGCACGGACCUUCUAAACCUGCUAUUGAUUUUUAAUGUCGCACCUCUGUUUUUAAAGUGUGUGGACGAGUUAGUCCCAGUUACGUUGGUACGCCACUGCAACUUCUAGUAACCUUUUAGAGGCUUUACUUCUCUUGUGACAAAAAUCAGCUAUGGCUCUAUGGAUGCCUGAGGGAGAAUGAGUGUGCGCUUGGAAGGCAGAGGAUGCCAACGUCUUUCACCGAAGCCUGUCCAGCUUAACAUAUCGAUUAGCUGACCAACAACUGCUGGAGAGGACCGGGAAGCACUCAGAGUCUGUGUGAGAAGCCACUGCUAUCGGCUUUAUUAAUUAUUCUCGUGCUGCGCUCCUGUCCCAUGGAUGCUGUCAGUGGUGUCAACAUGCUGUCCCAGCUCGGAGACGUGGCACUGGCAGGUCCAGGAGGAGCGGGGCUGCCCGCUGUGUCCUUCACCAACACGUCGGUGUCAUCCAGCCCGACGCCAAGCACUGAUAACCGGGGGUGCGAGAAUGGCGCCUUGAUGGACUCGUUUGGGAUUUUUCUGCAAGGGCUUCUCGCCGUGGUGGCUUUCAGCACGCUGAUGUUGAAACGCUUCAGGGAGCCAAAGCAUGAGAGGAGACCCUGGAGAAUCUGGUUCCUGGACACCUCAAAACAAGCUAUUGGGAUGCUGUUUAUCCACUUUGCUAAUGUGUAUUUGUCAGACCUCACAGAAGAGGAUCCUUGCUCACUAUACCUCAUUAACUUCCUGUUGGAUGCUUCUCUGGGCAUGUUGCUCAUCUAUGCUGGGGUGAGAGCCGUCAGUGCCAUUGUAGAGUGGAGGCAGUGGGACUCUCUGCGUUUUGGAGAAUAUGGAGAGCCGGUGCAGUGCACAGCAUGGUUGGGUCAGUGUAUCCUCUACAUUCUCAUCAUGAUGUUUGAGAAAGUCCUCAUCAUGCUGGUCCUCCUCAUCCCCCAGUGGAAGAAGCUGGCCCUCCUCAACCCCAUAGAGAAUCCUGACCUGGAACUGGCCAUCGUCAUGCUCAUCGUUCCGUUCUUCAUCAAUGCCCUCAUGUUUUGGGUGGUAGAUAAUUUCCUAAUGAAGAAACACAGGACAAAAGCAAAGCUUGAAGAGAGAGAGGAGGACUCACGGGGAAACAGCAAGGUGCGCUACAGACGAGCUCUGUCCCAUGAUGACUCAGAGUCAGAGAUCCUUUUCUCAGCAGAUGAUGAAAUGGAUGAGUCGGAUGAGGAUGACAUUCGUCGGCAAACUGGCCUGAAGACGGUGAAGAAGAAGAAGCUUCGCAUGGGGAUCCCUCCAGGCGAGGUGAAGAAGAAGAAGCGUCCCCCGAUGAAGGAGGAGGACCUGAAGGGAGCCCGCAGUAAACUAGGACUGAAGGGCGAGGUCAAGAGUAAGACCUAUGAGGUCAUGGUUGAGUGUGAACGUAUGGGUAAAGUGGCGCCGUCUGUGUUCAGUGGUGUGAGGACGGGGACAGAGACGGUCCUGGACAAGCCUGCUGCCACCAAGACUCCUGGAGCCAGUGUGUUCAGCAAGUAGACAUAAUUCAGGAUAAAGCAGCAGCACUGAAGAAGCACACGCUGUUAUCUUUCUGUUUCUGAGUCAGUGGUGAUACUGCAUAAUAUAGAGUACAAAAAAAAGCAGUUUAAAUGAAGCUGGAUUUGAGAGAGAUAAAUGGGCUAAUUCUGUGCCAAUUGUGUGUUGACAUUACUGCUAUGUAAGCAGUUAUUGCACUUUGCACUUUGCACAGUGCAUCAGACUUGGGUUUGGAUUAAUGUGGCCGAUACGCUGUAAGUAAGUUAUUUAUCAGUGUUGACUGUUUUGUUCAUUUUUUUACCUGACCAUUUUACUAAUAAAUUAUUUUCCCCUGUA